AUGUCAUAUGGCCAGGUGCAGUCUGCACGGCAGCUUAUUGCGCAGGGCUGCAAGCACUGCCCCAACAACGAGGACGUUUGGCUUGAGGCCGCCCGAUUGGAGAAGCCGACGCACGCCAAGGCGGUGCUCGCCAAGGCAGUGAAGUCCCUGCCGCACUCGGUGCGUCUAUGGAUCGAUGCAGCCAAUCGCGAGACGGACCUGCAAGCGAAGAGCCGGGUGUUGCGAAAGGCCCUAGAGUUCAUCCCGAACUCCGUCCGUUUGUGGAAGGAGGCCGUUAGCUUGGAGGAUGAGACGGAAGCCCGUGUCAUGCUAAGCCGCGCCGUGGAGUGCGUACCUCACAGCGUGGAGAUGUGGCUGGCCUUGGCAAAGCUAUCCGCGUACAAGGAUGCCCAGAAGGUGUUGAAUGAGGCACGAAAGCACAUCCCGCUGCGAGCUGAGUCAGCUUUGGGUGAGAGCCGCACCUUGCCAGUGCUUGUGGCCGCUGCCUGCUGCGUGGCUGUGCUUCGCAGCUUCUGGGCACCGAGCCAGCAGACUUUCGUGGCACCUCAGCAGAGCGUCCACAUGGGCUGCCAGGCCUUGUCGGGUGGUGCUCUGGCCUCCGGCAAUGUGCCUGCCAUCGUUAACACCGUCCCCGCUCGCCCUGGUGUGCCCGCCCACUUCAAGGUGACGCUCGAGACUCCAGAUGGCACCCAGUCCUUUGCAACAUGGCAGCACUCCACAGUAUUAAACGUUCAACUUUUCACAACCAUGCCACCUGCAAACAAGGAAUGCCCUGAGGAUGUGUACAUCCUGGAUCAGGCUGAGGAGGAGGGCUUGGAGCUGCCCUACUCCUGCCGCGCCGGCUCUUGCUCCAGCUGCGCUGGCAAGGUCCUGGAGGGCGAGAUUGAUCAGAGCGAUCAGGCUUUCUUGGACGAUGACCAGAUGGGCGAGGGCUUCUGCUUGACUUGCGUGACUUACGCCACCUCAGACGUGACCAUCAAGACCCACU